CUUUGCAUCAGUGAGUUCAGCCCAGCUCAGUCGCUCGCCGACCUCGAGACGUGAUUGGUGUUUUUCGCGAUUAAGCCUGCAGCUUUGUGUGCCCGCAAUCGCGCCGCAGUUAACCACCGCUCGACGAGCGCACGCAGCGACGCGAGCGAAUCGCGCUGUUAUCGCCUCGGCGAAGCGGAUCUUCGCGCAAGAGCCGCGCUCCGAACUUUGCGUACGUUCGCGUCCACGCUCGCUCUCGCGAUCACGGUAAUAGUCGGUGUCGUCACCGCUGAGACGAGAAGCGAGUGACAGCUAAAGGGAGGUAAAAGGACCGAGUGACACACAAGUGCGAGCACAAGCCGCUCCUUCCCCCGAGUGCUAUGACCGAGGAUUCUCCGUCGUUCCGCUGUGACACGUAAUAAGCGAGCGAGCCCGCCCGAUCAUUCGCGCUCCCGAUAUAAUCCCUCUCACGUGUUCGCGUCGCCGCGGCGAAAACUUCGCUGUGGACAGCCGCUCUCUUUCUAACUCUCUCCCACCCCCUUCCCCCUCCCCCCCUUCGUAUUCCGCGACUCUCUUCCUCUCGCGGAUGCCGCCCGCUGCGACCUGAUUACGCGCGCGCGUGCCGCCCUGUGCGUGCGUGCCCGCGACACACGAGGAAACGGGAUCGGCGAUUCAUCAUCGCCCGAUGAACGGUGGAUGAACGGUUCGCGUCCCGAUUAUCGUCGGACGACGACCAGUGACAUUGACAGCCGCUCGGCCUACCGACGAGGAUUUUACUCGCGAGAAGUAGCCGACAUCGAGCGCGGAGUCGAGCGGAGCGGAGGCAGUGAUCGAGACACAAGACGCCACGGAGGCGUGAUAUGAAAUUGGUGCCAACGAUUCAGCUACCACAGCUACCACCGGUUUCCGCCGCGGGCGGAAUAACCGGAAUGGAUUCCCGGUUGCCUUCGAACAUACCGCUGCCUUUCAGUACGGACUUCCUCUGGCGGGCCCAGUACGGAGCCCCGAUAAACUUUCCGCACACCACGCACCCGCCGCCCAGUGCCCUCUUGGACUUUAAGACUCAUCUGCCCGGGAAUCUUGCGUCCGAUCCCAGACUGUGGUCGCGAGAGGAUGUGGCGGCGUUCCUGCAGUGGGCCGAGAGGGAAUUCGAUCUGCCGACGAUCGACAUGGAAGGAUUUCAGAUGAACGGCAAGGCCCUGUGUCUGCUAACAAAGGCCGACCUCGGGGACAGAUGUCCAAGCGCCGGCGACGUUCUGCACAACGUGCUGAACAUGCUGGUGCGCGACUUCAGCCAACUGCAGAGAUGCAUGCCGCACAGCCCGGUCACGCCGACCAGGCCGACCGCGUAUCCCCUGAGCCCGCAUUCUCACCCGCCCACGCCUACCUGGACGGAGUCCCCGUACGCGCAGAAUCUUGCCUCUCUCAUGUCGGCCAACUCGGUAACGUUGUCGCCGGCACCAUCUGUGGACAGUCAAGCAGGCUCGCCCGGUCACGCGGACGGCAACCAGACGCAGGUCUAUAAGAGCGACUCGGACGAGGACAAUCAGCAAGUGAACGGCAACAGCAGCCCGCCGGCGACACCGACCGCCCUCACGGUACAGAGACUCAGCGAGGUUAGCGUGAAGGACCAGCCGAGCCCGACGUUACCACCGCAGUUGAUGCCGCUGACACCCGGUGCCUUCCGCUCGACGGCGAGCACCGCCGCCAGAGAGUUCUUCCCCGGCGACUCCACUGAGCCCAACACCAACGGCAGAUUACUCUGGGACUUCCUUCAACAGUUACUGAACGAGCCGUCGCAACGGUAUACGCAUUACAUCGCGUGGAAGAAUCGGGAGACCGGUGUGUUCAAGAUCGUCGAUCCGCCGGGUCUGGCGCGGCUCUGGGGCAUCCAGAAGAAUCAUCUCUCCAUGAAUUACGACAAAAUGAGUAGAGCCCUGCGUUAUUAUUAUCGUGUGAAUAUACUUCGGAAAGUCCAGGGUGAACGCCACUGCUAUCAAUUCCUGCGCAACACGGUCGAACUGAAGAACAUCAAGAACAUAUCGGCGCUGCGUCAACACACGAGAAUAAAAUCGGAACCAGAGCCGGAGGAGGAGGGGGCCUUCACCAAUAUCGAGUCGGAAGUGGACAUGCCUACGGAUCUCUCGAUGUCCAGCAUGAGCCAGCCGUCGAGCGAACAGCCCCUUCCGCUGCACGACCCACCUGCCAAGUACAGAUCAAGUCACGCGUACAACCUCGUUAGGACCAAUCAGGAGCCGGAAGAGAGGAAGUGACGCGGGACCUAGCGAUGACAGGAACGCAGUGAUCGUGCGUAAUCGUUAAUCGCCGUGGGCGUAGGAGUCGGCGGCAAGGCGACCUUUUGAUGAAAGAGGGUCUCGUAUCGGCAACCGACUAACGGACCGACCGACCGGACCGAGUGUCUCCGACUGGUUCGUUGUUCGUUGACGAAAAGGCGGUAUCAUCCGCAAUAAUCGCAAAAGGCUGUCGAACGGCACGCGCGCACGAGAGAGAGAGAGAGAGAGCAGGUGCUAAGUGAGAAAAGGAGUUUAUUGACAACAAGAGGGAAUGAAGUGGUAAUCAGAAGACAGUAAAAUCACGAUGUUACGAUGAUACAUAACCUUGCUCACGCAAUCGCUACUAAUUCGGACCUUUAAAAGGCAACGGUUUGCACGAGACGUGACAGAAGACUGUUACAAUCACCAUCCCUAGAUAUGUCACGAGACUCUCUGAUAGUAAUCGUCAAGGCAGACAGGAACGAGUAAGCGUUAAAAUUCACGGAAUCACAUUGACGCUCCAAAGAUAAUCCCCGAAGGACCAGGGAAUCGCAUUCCUCCACUGCCUUGUCUGUCGGAGAUUCCACCGAGUUGCUGCGAUCACACCACACACACACACACACACACACAUAUACCUAUACACCGAGGAUCCUUACACUUUCGUCGAUACGUGUAAGAGAGUGAUAAGAAGCGAGAAGAGAGGAGAACGCGUUUUACCAAUCACCUCACGACGCAGAUUGGAUAACGAUUCGCCCGUCCGCACACACGGACAUUCGCGUUGAGUCGUUUGCGCGCCGAUAACGAUAAGACGCUUCGAUGAAGCUGGAUCUUCGCGGAUAUUCCGCCCGCCACCCCUUCCCGCCCCGCCCGCGGGCCCAGCUGUGCGAAUUGUUGGGCAAAUUCAUUUCCGUUUCUACAACGAUGUAAUGGAAUACAUAUGAGGAUUUAGGUGCACUUAAGGACACGCCGAUUAAUUCAAUGUACAAAGAAUGCAAUGCCAGAGGGAAAACUGUUACCAGGUCUUUCCUUUCUUUCCGCGCCCUUAUUCUGUUUUUCUUUUUGUUUUUAAUUUUAAGUACGUGUUAACGAAUGAAAUAAUCAGUGUUCUGUGAUGUGACUUUGUAUUUCGGCGAAACGCAAUCCUUGACCAAGAUCAAUUCCAAAGAGAGAAAGAGAGAGAAAGAAAGAAAGAGGGGUUUACUCGAUUUCAUUUCAACGCAUCACAGAGGAAUUAUAUGUCUGGGAAGCUGUCGGGGUACAAAGAGUUCGAUAAGAUCUGUUCGUGAAAGUUGAAUGAAAUUAUUAUGUAUCGCUCGUAAAAACGAAAUCCGGUAGAAAAGUUCAACUAGAUCUUCUCGAGCUUUUUCUGUAUGCGCUAAAACGUUUCUCCGUUAUUUUGACGUAUUUGUGCCAAGAAUAUUUGCUGCUUACUAAGAGAACGAUGUAUGAUGUAGGGUAUUUUAGUCGACUGUUCCAAAAAACUCGUAGGUAUAUCACGAUUUUGGAACCGAGUGUUGUAUCGCUCGCGCUCGCGAUGCGACGAAAAAAAUACAUAAUAUGAAGGUAUUCUGAAUAUAAUAUAUAUUCAGAAAUAUACGCGUUCUGUGUAAUCGAAUAUGUAUGUUGUAGGAAAUGUAAAUAAUGCAAUUCAUAAAUAUGGUACACACGAACGAAGCUUAUAAGGCAACAUUUACCCUAAGAGUAGUGAAAGAAUUUUAUGGAAAUUCGGGGCCAGAGUUAUAUAUAAAUUUAUCUCUAUAGAAAAAAAAAAAA